GGUCGGCCUCGUCCCCGGUGACCACCGACUACUUCGUCCGUCCAUCGCUGCGAAGGAGAAGCCGGAAUGCUGGGGUUCACGGACGGUAGAUCGACGGUCGGAUCCGAUGCGAAGGGCCGAGAUGACAGUCCCGACUCGGUCAUCACGCAGGCGGCCAACUUCAGCCUCUUCUCCUCGGCGACGGCAAGCAUCGGCCGGUCGUCUUUCGAAUCCGACGGCGAGGAUCGAGAGUCGAUGGUUUCCGAUCGCUCCAAGAGUUUGGCAGGGCGCGAUUACAAAGACAUUUCACGUGCUCCAGAUCUGGAGGUGAUAUCAAAAAGCAGGACCAAAGAUGCUCGAAACAAGCAGAAAGCAAGAACAGAGGAAGACGUAGAUCCGACCACGUAUUCCUUCUCUACAGCUGUGGAAGAGUGCCACAAGAGGCGCCUGAGGCCCGAGAAGAAACGGACAACCUCUCUGGAUCUAAACAACGCGGGCGAUGCUUACGCGUCGUCUCCCAGAUUAGCCACGAUGACCAUGCAGCAUCAGCAAAAGAUCUCCGCCGCGCGAAAAUCCGGAACAGGAAGCGCCUUGGCGAGCCCUGGCACUCCGCCUCUCCGUUCGGGCCUCGCUCAGCAGAGAGGGUGCAGUUCCGAGCGCGUCCCCUUGGUCCACAACUGCGUUCGGCGCCAUGUUACUGCCUCGCAGAUCUAUCCCGGCAAGAGCCUCCCUUCCAAGUGGGAGGACGCAGAAAAGUGGAUCUUCAGCCCCGUCAGCAAUGACGCCCCGAAUAGGCCCGUUCUCCCGCCGCGCAAGCCGAAGUCUAAGAGUGGACCCCUGGCGCUGAUCGGAUCCGGGUUUCCUCAGGCCGUCCCGGUCCCAUGCACGGCAAGGGUCGCUCCGUCGAACUCGUUUCAGUUCUCCCGCGAGGAUGGGCACGUGGGCGUGGGCCUUGGUCAAGCCGCGUCUUCGAACCCCGAGGAGUGUAUGCUUCGAUCUGCAAGCGUCCACGGUUGGUCUGAUCUCGUGAUACAGGCGCCCGAGUCGCCGGAAUCUCUCCCAGUUUGCUCGAAUGUGAAACCGGAUGGCGCGAAGGAUGCAGCCACCAUGAUUUCUCCGGUCGUGUCCAAAAGGGACAUGGCAACACAGAUGAGCCCGGAAGCUAGUAGUACCGUCUCAUCUCCUAGAGAAAGGGACUCAUCACCAUCAUCUCCCCGUCCCCCUCUGACCAUCAUGGAGUUGCAACGGAUUCAUCGCCUCUCCAAGCUGGAGAUAAGGGACGUGGAAUUGGACGACCGGAUCACCAUGACCAGGCGAUCCAAGAGGCUCGUUGAUAGGAUCUCCCUGGAGGUUGGCGACUGGAAGAAGAAAACCAUGGAUGCUCACACAUCGGCAUGGGAAGUUGCAGAGACUGCUAAAUGCGUUUCAAAAUCUAAAAGAGAGGAAGCCAAGAUAGCAGCUUGGGAGAACCUGCAAAAGGCAAAGGCUGAAGCCGAGAUCCGAAAACUCGAGGUGAAACUCGAGAAGUUGAGGUCCUCUUCCAUGGAGAAGAUCAUGAAUAAAUUGAGAGCAGCGCAGAAGAAAGCAAAUGCAAUGAGGAUCUCAGUGAAGGCAAUGCAUGCACAGCGAGCUGCAAAGACAGCUGAGAGGGCUGCGAUCUUUCGUCGAACUGGACAUAUGGGUGCAUUGAGCGGUUGCUUCACCUGCCAUGCUGCUGAAUGUUAGGAGCAGCGAAGCAAUUAAUCCAUCGAUGGGGCAUAUUUCCGUAGUAGUGACACAGGGCACUGCUUGAACGUGCCUGCUGUAGAGGAAGACUGCCUACAUGAGCUAAGCUUCGUCGUUCAGUUGGGCGAUAACGAUUGUAUAUGAGAGAAUUGGUUUUCUUGUCUGGAAGAAUUUCAUAAGAGAGCUGUGGUCAACUGGUUACACAUCAGUGUUCAACGUUGACUAGAAUAGGCGCUGAUUAUGAGAUAUAGAAGUGUGUUUCAGUUGGGUGUUUUUUUUCCAAAUGUUCCUUCUGAAACUACGUUCCUCUUCGCAUUCUUGGACUCAUUUUCGAAGGCACCUUGUCCAUAAUUAACCAAUUAUGGUGCUUUGCUUACA